AUGGAGAGGCUCCGGUUUCACGGCAUGACCUGGGGCGAUGCAAGCUUGAUGCGCGAGCGGCUUGCCCACCAAACGUUGCAUGAUCUGGGCAUGCUCAUAUCCCGCGUGGCAGGGGCCCUCUUGCACGUGAACGGGGUCGAGUACGGCAUAUUCAACCUUGUUGAGGUCAUCGACGAGCCAUUCUUGAAGAGCCGCGGGCUCCAGGGUACGCUCAUGUGGGAAGCCUGGAUGGCAUACACGGACGCACGAUCCUAUGACGAUAAGAUCGUGGUAGGCGCCCAGCCGCUCGGCUUGUAUGGAAUAGGUGCCUCGUUCAAUCCCCCCUGGUUCUACCUUCCGACCCAGGCAGAAAGGCAGACGCUAUGCAAUGUGCGUAACCCAGCUGGCGUUACCCACUUCACGUGUGACCCCGUGGGACACGUUAUGACCAUAGCGUGGCGCAGGGUGUUCUUCGAUUACAUCAGAAAGUAUCUUCGCACAGAUAUGUCAGCAAUUCCUCCUGUGUCCGUGCUGCAGCAGGCCAACCGCUAUGCGUCACUGUGGUCCGGGCAGUACCG